GAAAAGAGAGAGGCAGGGAGAGGAGGGAGAGCUGCACCCAGCUGCACCCACCCCACCCCACCUCUGCACCCACCCCAUCCCGUCCCAUCCCACCCACCCCGCGGCCCGGAGGUGCCGCUUGGGUUAUCGGUGCGGAGCGGCUGCUGGGCUGGGGAGAUAGGAGCGGAGCUGCUGCUGCUCCUCCGCCCGCGUUCGCCCACCCGCGCCUGGCGCUCGGCUCCAGCCCGCACCGGCACCGCCGCCGCUUCAGCUGCUGAGGCCAAAGGGUUGGGGCAGUUCGGCAACCAGCGCGGUCCUGAGGCAGCCCAAAUCCCCCCACGCCGCCACCACCCCACCCCCCCCGGCCAAGCGAAGGAGGCCAAGGGGGUCAGCGGCGUCAUUCUUCUCCUCACCAUCCUCCUCCUCUUCCUCCUCCUCCACCCACCAGCUUCCCCGCGGCUGGAGGAGGGAUGAGGUAUCCCCACCUUUAGAAGCAGCACCCAAGCCCCAGCCUGGCAGCAGCACCCAGAGGGAUGUGGAGCCACAGAGGCAGCAGACCCUGUGACUGACACAACCUCUCCAGCCCACAGCUGAAUGGAAAGGCUGCAGAAGCAACCUCUGACCUCCCCCGGGAGUGUCUGCUCCUCCCGCGGCUCCAGCGUCCCGGGCUCGCCCUCCAGCAUCGUGGCCAAAAUGGACAAUGAGGUUCUGGGCUACAAGGACCUGGCUGCCAUCCCCAAGGACAAAGCCAUCCUGGACAUCGAGAGGCCUGACCUGAUGAUCUAUGAGCCCCACUUCACCUACUCCCUGAUGGAGCACGUGGAGCUGCCCCGCAGCAGAGAGAGGUCUCUGUCGCCCAAAUCCAUCUCUCCUCCUCCGUCUCCAGAGGUGAUCCGGGAGUGGCUGGAGAGCAGGACCCCUGCCAGCGCCCCCCUGCCCCCCGCUCGCCAGGGCAGCAGCUCCACCCGCAGCAGCGUGCAGCACUUCCACCGACCCGAGACCGACACGACCGAGCUCAACAUCUACAAGAAGCCUCCCAUCUACAGGCAGAAAGACCACCACCACCCUGCUGCCCACCACGGCAAGCAUCUCAUCGAGGACCUGAUCAUUGAGUCCUCCAAGUUCCCUGCGGCGCAGCCCCCAGACCCCAACCAACCUGCCAAGAUCGAGACCGACUACUGGCCGUGCCCCCCGUCCCUGGCUGUCGUGGAGACCGAGUGGAGGAGGCGGAUGGCAUCCAAGCGAGGAGAGGAGGAGGAGGAGGACCUGACGGAGGAGAUGAAGAACCUGCGGGAGCUCCAGAGGCAGGAGCUGAGCAAGGUCACCUCCAACCUCGGGAAGCUGAUCCUGAAGGAGGAGAUGGAGAAAUCCCUCCCGAUCCGCAGGAAAACUCGCUCGCUGCCCGACAGGACUCCCUUCCACACCUCUCUGCACUCGAGCAGCUACAAGAGCUCCUCACUGCCAGCCUCUGGCAGGAGCACCCUCACCCGGCUGCAGUCGGCAGAGUUCAACUCAGCAGGCAGCGAGAAGAGCAGCCCAGGCCUGCAGAACGGCCAGCGUGGGCGCAUGGACAGAGGCAACUCCCUGCCCAGUAUGCUGGAGCAAAAGAUCUACCCCUAUGAGAUGCUGAUGGUGACCAACCGAGGCCGAGUGAAGCUGCCCCCAGGAGUGGACAGGACCAGACUGGAGAGGCAUCUCUCCCCCGAGGACUUCCUGCGGGUCUUCGAGAUGCCCCCCGAGGAGUUCAGCAAGUUGGCGCUCUGGAAACGCAACGAGCUGAAGAAGAAAGCCUUCCUCUUCUGAGUCCUCCUCAGCCCCAGCUCAGCCCCUCUCACGCCGUCUAAACGCCCCCUCCCCCACUCCUCCUUUUCCCCUCUCCCAAAGCCCCUCCCUCCCCCCUCCCCCCUCCCAGCUCUGCCUCUCACCUCGCUCCUCUGGUGGCAAAAGGGCUCGGGGCGUGCGGGGGGGCUCAAACCUGCCCCUCCAGCACCCAGCGAUGGGGCUGGGGGCAGAUCCUGCCCAGCGGUGGGCACGGUUCAGCUCAGAGGUGUCUGUGUGUGGGGGGGGGGGGGUCUCUGUGCUUUGUGUCCCCUUCUCUGCUCCCCCCACAAGCCAGGCAUGCUGGCGGGGGGGGGGGGGGGCUGCCUUCAGCUGGCAGUGGGGUGAGGGUCAGCAGCCUCUGGAUCUCAUGCCAGGGUGCCCCCCCUGACCCUCCCUGGGCUGCCUCUCUGUGCCCCCUGCCCCCACUCUAUGAUGUGUGAAGAGCCUGGGCAGGGGGAAGGGGGGCACCUCGCUGCCAGGCUGGUGUGCCCCCAGCAAAGCCAGGCCAGCAGCCCCCCACUUCUAACACACACACAGCCCCUCCCCACCCUGGUCCCUCCUGUGCCAACAGCAAGGACCACAAGGACACUGCCAACACCUGCCUGGCACCAGGCUGGCAGAGGGCAGGGCUGGGAUGCUGGGGAGGUGGAGGAGCAUGGGAUGGAGUGUGGGGGUC